ACUAUUGUGCCGGCGUCUGUGUUUCCACACGGAGACGCGGACUCGGACCGGUUCACUUCCUGUUGUGACGACCACAUGGGUCUGAAGAGGUUUGCUGGUUGAUGCUAAUGUCUGCUCGCAUGAGUAUUUAUUUAUACAUUUGAUUUGUGUGUUAUGUUUGACGGCUUCAGCCAUGCAGGUGUCCAGUGUAAAUAAUGUGAAGAUUUAUAAUCUGAGUCACGGAAAAUCUCUUCCGGAGUGGCUGUCAGAUCGAAAGAAGAGAGCUUUACAGAAUAAAGAUGUUGAUAUCCAGAAGAGGAUUGAGCUUAUUCAGGAUUUUGAGAUGCCGACAGUCUGCACCUCUAUUAAAGUGUCUCGUGAUGGACAGUACAUAUUAGCUGCAGGCACGUACAAACCUCGAGUACGAUGUUAUGACACAUAUCAGUUAUCUCUAAAGUUUGAACGAUGUCUGGACUCUGAUGUGGUGGCGUUUGAUAUUCUAUCAGAUGAUUACUCUAAGUUGGUGUUUCUGCAUAUCGACCGCUAUGUGGAAUUUCACUCUCAGCACGGUCAUUACUAUAAGACUCGCAUCCCAAAAUUUGGUAGGGAUUUCUCCUACCACUACAACUCUUGUGACCUGUACUUCGUGGGUGCCAGUUCAGAGAUCUUCCGGUUGAACCUUGAACAAGGCAGAUUUCUCAACUCUCUACAGACAGACGCAGUAGAAUUGAAUGUGUGUGACAUUAAUCCCGUCCAUCAUCUGUUUGCUGCAGGUACAUUAGAGGGGCGAGUGGAAUGCUGGGAUCCUCGUGUAAGGAACAGAGUGGCUGUUCUUGACUCCGCCCUCAGCAGCGUCACUGAUGGAACCGAGGUUGAAGGUUUGCCGUCAGUCAGCGCACUGAAGUUUAACGGUUCUUUGGGUUUGGCAGUGGGCACCAGUACUGGACAGGUUCUUCUCUAUGAUCUGCGUUCCUCACAUCCUCUGCUGGUUAAAGAUCAUUACUACGGUCUGCCCAUUAAAUCCCUUCAUUUCCAAGACCAGCUUGAUCUGGUGAUAUCUGCCGACUCCAAAAUCAUCAAGAUGUGGAACAAAAACAACGGAAAAGUGUUUUCCUCCAUCGAACCGCAGGCCAACAUCAAUGAUGUCUGUCUCUACCCAUCCUCUGGUAUGCUGUUCACUGCCAAUGAGGAUCCUAAAAUGAACACCUUUUACAUUCCUGCUCUUGGUCCUGCUCCACGCUGGUGUUCAUUCUUAGAUAAUCUAACAGAGGAACUUGAGGAGAACCCAGAAAGCACCGUCUACGACGACUAUAAGUUUGUUACCCGCAAGGACCUGGAGAACUUGGGUUUGACUCAUCUGAUUGGCUCGGCUCUGCUCAGGGCUUACAUGCAUGGAUUCUUCAUGGACAUCAGACUUUAUCACAAGGUGAAGACUUUGGCAAACCCAUUCGCGUAUGAGGAGUACCGCAAGGACCGAAUCCGGCAGAAGAUUGAGGAGUCGAGAGCACAGAGGGUGCAGAUCAAGAAGCUGCCCAAGGUCAAUAAAGAGCUGGCCAUGAAACUCAUGGAGGAACGCGAUCUUCACACCAAGAAGAUGAAGAAAAAGGGCAAAGACGCAGCCAACCUCCUGACGGACGAUCGGUUCAAGGUGAUGUUUGAGAAUCCUGAAUACCAGGUGGAUUCACAGAGCGAAGAGUUCAGACUGCUGAACCCCAUCGUGUCUAAAGUGGGUGAAAGGAGAAGAAACAAACUGGUCCAGUCUGUCCAUGAUGAGGAACAGCAGCAGGAUGAGGAAGAGGAGGAGAUUGAGGGCCGCGCCAGCUCGGAUGAAGAGGAAAGCUCUGAUGAUGAUAAGAGUUGGGUGGAGGAGGUGAGAGAGCAGAGACGUCUCCUGCGGUUGGAAGAGAGAGAGCGCAGGAACGACGAGAGGAAAGAGAGACGACAACAAGACCGUAACACCAGCUUACAGAGUUCUGAUCCGGUCAGGAAUCCUCGGCAGGACGCUCAGAAUCGACCUCGUUUCUAUCAGAUUAAAGCUGGAGAAGAGUUUCGCAGCUUCACUGAUGUGGCUCACAAACAAAAGAUGCAGAAGACGUCUCUGGAGGAGAGACUCAAGCGAGAGGAGAGAUCUGGGAUGUUGAACCUCAAUGACACAGCAGUUGGAAGUAAACAGCUCACCUUCACCCUAAAGAAGUCAGAGAAGCAGAGAAAUCAACAGCGGGCUGAACAUGAUCAUCAUGAAGAGAGGAGGAAGAUCAGACGAGCUGCAGGUCACCUACAUUCAAAUAGAGGAGGAGGAGGAAGAGGACGAGGCAGAGGAGGAAGAGGGGGAGGAGGAAGAGGACGAGGCGGGGGAGGAGGAAGAGGCCGGAGACCUUUUUAAAAUCACACUGAUCAUGUGCCUUAAGUACAGGACUUUUUUAAUACUGCAUAAAAAAGUGUUGUGGUGGUAAUGUAUUUCAUAUGAAAUGCAUGAGAUUGUGAGGAGACUGAGACUGUUGCAACUGUGAGUUUCAUUACAGAUGCUGACAAUGAGCAAGAACUGUCUCACUUUCAUAUUGUGCGUCUGUGCGUGUGUGUCU